AUGCCUACAGCUGAAAGCCCGCAAAACGACGAUUCGAGAUUACUGCUCGUUUCCAACCGAUUGCCCAUCACAAUCAAGCGCUCGGAUGAUGGCAAAUAUGACUUCUCCAUGUCGUCCGGCGGCCUGGUCAGCGGGCUGAGUGGCCUGACCAAGUCGACGACUUUCCGCUGGUAUGGCUGGCCGGGCCUGGAGGUUCCUGAGGAAGAGAUCCCAGUGGUGGAGAAAAGACUCAAUGAUGAGUACGGGGCGAUCCCGGUCUUCAUUGAUGAUGAAUUGGCUGAUCGCCAUUACAAUGGUUUCUCAAAUUCUAUCCUAUGGCCGCUGUUUCACUAUCACCCCGGUGAAAUCACCUUCGACGAAUCUGCCUGGGAAGCAUACAAAGAAGCUAACCGCCUGUUUGCACAGGCCGUUGCUAGAGAUGUGCAGGAUGGGGACCUCAUUUGGGUUCACGACUAUCACUUAAUGCUGUUUCCGGAGAUGCUGCGGGAGGAGAUAGGCUCUUCUAAGCAGAAUGUUAAGAUUGGAUUUUUCCUGCACACGCCAUUUCCUAGUAGUGAAAUAUAUCGGAUUUUGCCUGUCCGAAACGAGCUACUUUUGGGUGUUUUGCAUUGCGAUUUGAUUGGCUUCCAUACCUACGACUACACUCGCCAUUUCUUGAGCAGCUGCUCACGCCUACUUGGAUUAAUGACUACGCCAAACGGUAUUGAGUUCCAAGGCAAAAUUGUCGCUGCAGGGGCGUUCCCCAUCGGCAUCGAUCCCGACAAAUUCAAAGAGGGCCUUCAAAAGGAAAAGGUUCAAAAACGAAUUGCAACGUUAGAGCAGAAAUUCCACGGAGUAAAACUCAUGGUUGGAGUCGACCGAUUAGACUAUAUCAAAGGUGUUCCGCAAAAGCUGCAUGCGCUGGAAGUUUUCCUUAGCGACCAUCCGGAAUGGGUUGGGAAAGUGGUGUUGGUGCAGGUUGCAGUUCCCAGUCGACAGGAUGUGGAGGAAUAUCAAAAUUUGCGAGCUGUUGUCAAUGAACUUGUUGGUCGUAUCAAUGGCAAAUUCGGCACUGUCGAGUUCAUGCCUAUUCAUUUCCUGCACAAGUCGGUCAAUUUUGACGAGCUCAUUGCGCUGUAUGCUGUCUCAGAUGCUUGCAUCGUCUCUUCCACCCGAGAUGGCAUGAAUCUCGUUGCAUACGAGUACAUUGCCACGCAACAUAACCGACACGGCGUGCUAGUUCUCUCCGAAUUUGCCGGGGCCGCCCAAUCUCUCAAUGGAAGCAUCAUCGUCAACCCAUGGAAUACCGAAGAACUCGCCGGUGCGUACCAAGAGGCGGUUACGAUGAGCGAAGAGCAGAAAGCACUCAAUUUCUCAAAACUUGACAAAUACGUUUCUAAAUACACAAGUGCGUUCUGGGGCCAGUCAUUUGUUAACGAAUUAAAACGUAUCUCGGCGCAUUCAAAACAAAAGGUUUCACUGAGAAAGGCCUCAGUGCUGAUUCCAGGAACAUCUGCACCGUUGGCCAAUGGUAAUGAUCAAGCCGAUGAUGUCGUUACCAUCUCUUCGGAGGAGGACGUUCCCAAGGCUUAA